UCAUGGUGCAGCCACAGAGAUGGUAGCCCCUCUCCAUGCUCCCAGGGAUGUGAUUUUAAUAAAAGGACAGAAACCUUGAUUUAUCUCCACUACAGUUCCAAUGCCAGGGGAUGCAAACUCAAAUAUCUAUACAGGUUAGGGAUGCAACUUAAAUGAGUGAAGCAUGCAGAUACAAGACAAAAAGGAGUGAUGGCAACUGUGAAAAACCAUAGAAUAUAUGCUUAAAUAAAGGUAGUUGCUAUUUAACCCCUGCAUAUUGUUGCCAUGUAGAUCUAAUUGUCAGAUAUUCUAAUUUUUCAAGAAAAGCUGGAAAUUCAGAUUUUUAAAACCUGAAACUAUCAAGUUUUUAAAACAGUAAAAAAGACAGUAUAGGACAAACAUACGUAUGUGGGGGGGGUCACAUCCAGCUUGUGACUCCUACCCCAUGCCUGUUUUUAUACCCCUGUACAAUCCCUUCCUACACUGACUAUGGGUUUGGCCAUACUACUAGUUUCGGCCAACGGGACAUUACCAAGUGUGGUGCAACCAGAAGUUUGAUAAGCAUUUGUUCACUGGGGCUUGUCCUUUCUCAAGUCACUAUGCAGACGUUUGAAUGAUAAAAAGCCACAGGGAGGAGAGGCCCUAGAAGAUGAAAAGUCAUUUUGAAUGAGUUCCCAGCUGAUUGCAGCUUAUACCAUGUGGGUCCCGGCUGAGCCCGGGUCAGCCCACACAAUUGUAAAAUCAUAAUAAACCAUUGUUAUUCUAAGCUACUAAGUCUUGGGCGGUUUGUUGUGUUGCAAUAGGUAACUGAAAUAGAGGUCAUAUCUAAUCCCUUUGUUUUACUAAUGAAUGUCCUAAGGGCCAUAGUGGAAGGGACCUGGUGAAAUUCAGAUAGCAUGACAGUGGCAAGAACUUUCCAAUUCUGUGCUCUUCCUAUUGCUUUUCUUUCAAUUCCUUUGGUGAAAAGCACCAGGUAAGGACUAUGAAACUUCAAAGUCUACCUGCAGGGAACUUAUACUGUGUCCUGAAUGCAUGCAAAUUACUGUAACUUGGUCCUUGGUAAUGGAAAGAUUUCUAGGUCAUCCAGCCUCUUUGACUUUAUAGGUGCAGAGAAUGCAAAAACACUUUGAGAAAGUGAAAAGCAGCCUCUGAUACCUGGAAGCUGGCCUGAUACAAUCAGCCAUGCCAUGAUGUUACUAGACCAUAGCCUGGCCCUUAUAGCUAGGCUUUGUGGUUUUCCUGUAGAAUAAAAACAAUUCCAAAGAACAUCAACAUCAGACGAGGUCAUUCUGUGACCAUGAUAGAUCCAGACAAAUACAAGACCACUGUAUAAUGAGGUCUAAACACAGAUAAAAAGAUAAAACCUGAUGAUUGUCCAAACCACAAAAAAUGAUUCAACAUACCCACUUGGCUAAUAUGAGGGAGUUGCUGCUGCAUUUUUUUUUUUUUUUUCGUUUUUGAGACAAGGUCUGGCUCUAUCACUCAGGGUACAGUGGAGUGGUGCGAUCUCCAUUCACUGCAACCUCCACUUCCUGGGCUCAAGCGAUCCUCCCACCUCUGCCUCCCAAGUAACUGAGAUGACAGGCGUGCACCACCAGGCCCGGUUCAUUUUUGUAUUUUUUGUAGAGGCGAGUUUCGCCAUGUUGCCCAGGCUGGUCUGGAACUUCCGGGCUCAAGCAAUUCGCCUGCCUCGGCUUACCAAAGUGUUGGGAUUACAGGCGUGAGCCAUCGCGCCCGGCCAGGAUGCUGUUUCUUUAUCUGCACAGCUUUAGCCUCAAUCUAGAAUUCCUUUCCUCUAGAUAAGAUGAACUGAGAUGCUCAAUCAUGGAACGACCCUCUCUUCCUGACAGUAUCUAAUCCAGUGAAGCUCUCACUUCCUUAAACCCUCUCCCAAAUCACUAACAACUCUUACCGAGAGGCCCCAUCCUUCCUCAAUGUGUGUUCUCAGUCACUGCAACUAGUAAUAAACCCAGCUUGUUCAACGAUCCGUGUCUUCCUGGUGGGAUUUGGUUAGAGGGCACGGACAGACCUAAGUGACACAGAGUUGGAGGCUGAGUUCACUAGAAGGAGUCUCCGCUUGUGUGUUCCCUCUUAGCGACUCUUUUGGUUAAUGUCUGUCGUCCCUCUACCAGAAUUAAGCUCCAGGAGAACAGGGGCCUUGUCUGUCAUGUUCAGAGCUGAUCCUCAGUGCCUAGAAGGGUACGCAGCAGAAGCUGGAUGCUUAAAAAAUAACCAUUUUCUGAACGAAUGAGGGGCUCGAUAUACGCACGUUCCCUUUAAUCUCGCAGCUCCUCGCAGAUCGUGUGACAUACAGACAGCACCACAGUACACUUCCCAAAACCCCCUCUUUCCCGAAGAAAUCUCGAAACUCUCACUCCUGGGAUGCCCAUCCUCUCAGAGCCUCUUCCCUGGGCCGAGCUUCUCUCACUUGCUGGCCCCUUCCCACACCUGAGCCCCAGGCCUAUACACCUUCCUAACGCCCCUAGAACCCACCUGUCUCCACCAUCUGCCCCUACUAUCAGACACUGCCGGACGGGCCGCGCAGCUACCUAGGCGUCUAGGGGGCACUGCGGCAUGGACCGCGCAUGUGCGGAAAUAGGUCGCAUACGCAGGACCUCCGACAAGUGAGGAGUUGCCUCGGAGUUUCCGUCCCGGUCCGGGCAGCCUUGGGCUGCCAGGAAGUCAGGAGAAGCUAGCCGGAAGGAGAACCCGGGCGCACGGCUUUCUGGGACACGUAGUCGUGGCGCUCUCAAGGCCCUACCAUGAGCAAGCUCUUAACUCUUCAGGUCUGCACGUCCUACGUCCACAGUCCAGUGCUACUCUCAGCUCAAGAGUUCAGUUUCGGGCUGCCAAGAGCCAGCAACCUGGUGUCAGAGGCUCGGUCCCACAACGCUCUGCGGGCCGCGGCGCCUGCUGGGAGGUGUAGUCCCCGAUCUGCGUACUGCGUUAGCCGAGGGGGAGGGCGGAGCUGCCGGCGGCCCGGGCGGGCUGGCAGCUAGAGUGGGUGCGAUAGCCGCCUCCGCCUCUGCCGCCUCCGCCGUCGCCUCCUCCGCCCGGGCCGUUCGCUGCUGCGCGGGGAGAGCGAGGCGGGGCCGCCGGGGCCGCCAUGGAGCCCGACUCGGUGAUUGAGGACAAGACCAUCGAGCUCAUGAACACUUCAGUUAUGGAAGAUCAAAAUGAAGAUGAGUCCCCAAAGAAAAAUACUCUUUGGCAGAUAAGUAAUGGAACAUCAUCUGUGAUCGUCUCCAGAAAGAGGCCAUCAGAAGGAAACUAUCAAAAAGAAAAAGACUUGUGUAUUAAAUAUUUUGACCAGUGGUCUGAAUCAGAUCAAGUGGAAUUUGUGGAACAUCUUAUUUCACGAAUGUGUCAUUAUCAGCAUGGACAUAUUAACUCUUACCUGAAGCCCAUGUUGCAGCGGGACUUUAUUACCGCUUUACCAGAGCAAGGCUUAGAUCACAUAGCAGAAAACAUUCUUUCGUACCUGGAUGCCAGGUCUCUGUGUGCAGCAGAGCUGGUAUGUAAAGAAUGGCAGCGAGUGAUCUCAGAAGGAAUGCUUUGGAAGAAGCUGAUUGAACGAAUGGUACGCACUGAUCCCCUAUGGAAAGGACUUUCAGAAAGAAGAGGGUGGGAUCAGUACCUGUUUAAAAACAGACCCACAGAUGGCCCUCCAAAUUCAUUUUAUAGGUCAUUAUACCCAAAGAUUAUCCAGGAUAUAGAGACUAUAGAAUCUAACUGGCGGUGUGGACGACACAACUUGCAGAGGAUUCAGUGCCGCUCUGAAAAUAGUAAAGGUGUCUACUGUUUACAGUACGAUGAUGAAAAAAUUAUCAGUGGCCUACGAGAUAAUUCUAUUAAGAUUUGGGAUAAAACCAGCCUGGAAUGUUUGAAAGUGUUAACAGGACACACAGGCUCUGUCCUCUGUCUGCAGUAUGAUGAGCGUGUCAUUGUAACCGGCUCUUCAGAUUCUACGGUGAGAGUGUGGGAUGUGAACACGGGUGAAGUUCUUAACACAUUGAUCCACCACAACGAGGCCGUACUGCACUUACGCUUCAGCAAUGGACUGAUGGUGACCUGUUCCAAGGACCGCUCCAUUGCUGUGUGGGACAUGGCUUCUGCGACCGAUAUCACUUUACGCCGUGUCCUGGUUGGCCACCGGGCUGCUGUCAAUGUAGUAGACUUUGACGACAAGUACAUCGUGUCCGCCUCUGGUGACAGGACCAUCAAAGUCUGGAGCACGAGCACCUGUGAAUUUGUUCGUACUCUCAAUGGGCACAAGCGAGGCAUUGCCUGUCUCCAGUACAGGGAUCGGCUGGUUGUUAGUGGAUCAUCAGAUAAUACCAUUAGGCUCUGGGAUAUUGAAUGUGGUGCCUGUUUAAGAGUCCUAGAGGGACAUGAAGAAUUGGUCCGAUGCAUCCGGUUUGAUAACAAGAGGAUUGUCAGUGGGGCCUAUGAUGGGAAAAUUAAAGUUUGGGACUUGCAAGCUGCUCUUGACCCUCGAGCCCCAGCAAGCACAUUGUGUUUGCGCACAUUGGUGGAACAUUCUGGACGUGUGUUUCGGCUCCAGUUUGAUGAGUUUCAGAUCAUCAGCAGCUCCCACGAUGACACUAUUUUGAUUUGGGAUUUCUUAAAUGUGCCUCCCAGUGCCCAGAAUGAGACCCGUUCUCCCUCCAGAACAUACACUUACAUCUCCAGAUAACAGUCUGCACUUUCACCCGUUUCAGGGUUUUCUAGUCUUGAACUACUGGCUACAUGGCUACCAAAUGCCUAAGGGAGUUCGUUCACAGCUGAGUUAUGAAGCUGGAAUUGGUUCUAGACGCUGGGUAGAUGCAAAGCAGCCUAACUCUUCAAGUACCAACAUUUCUCACCUUUGAUUCCAGCUCUCCUUUGAGAAGGAGACCUUAGCUUCCCCGGCUUCAAGUAGAACAGAAGCCUGUUUCCUUCCCCCAUCAGUGAAAAAAUCUAAUGUUUCAAAUGUAAAUUGUUCAUAGAAAAGGAACAUAGAAUCUGUUUUACGGAAGUAAAUCGACCGUCAAGAGAAGACUUGGCCUCUAAUUUAUAUUGCUUUGCACUUUGGUUUGGUAUUAAGAAACAGCAUUCUUCUUCAGUGAAAUUUUGGGUGCCAAACACCUACCCAGAAUGUCCAGGGCUUUCAUUUUCAAAAGUUAGCAUUCUCCUUUUGACUGUCCAAGUCAUUUUGAAUUCUGACUUGUUAUAUUAGGAACAUGUUGGACAAUGGAAAAAUUUCUCUGGAUUGUUUUAGUAAUAUUUUUGGGAUUAUACUUCCUUUCUGUACCAAUUUCUUUUAAUUUAAAGAACUAUAAGUCAGUUAUAUUAUCUACCAACAGGUAAUAUAGCUCUUUCUUUUAUUAACUGUUCUCUGUCCCCCAACCAUCUCCUGAUAUUUGGUAGAGUAACACCUUUAUACGUGUGCUUGCCUCCUAAUUUAAAAUACUGUAUUCGCAUGUAGAUAUAAUGUACAUAACAGUUUAACCUCAAAGUUGCUGGAGUCAGGGCCCCCUGUGCUUGAGACACUAAUACAGAGUGUGUUCGCACUUAGCCAUGGGCUGGCCUCAAGAACCUGAUACCAGGGUUGAUGUGGAUUACCUAGAACCCUUCCUACAGUAUUCAUACGGUGUUUUUAUUUUGUUGUUGUCAUUGUGUGUGUGUGGUUUGUGUGUGUUUUUAAUGAGAAUCUUGUUUUAAAAUGUAAUUUCUAAAGUUUAACACAAAAAUGUUUUAUUUGUUGUGGAGUAUAUAUUAUACAAUAGAGAGGUACCUUAAACAUUUUUUGUUCUUAUUCUUUUUCUCAUAAGUACUCCUGAGUACAAGUGGUCACCUCCCAUAGUAUUCAUUUGGCUUCACUGUCAAAAAUCAUUAUUCUGUGCAGUCGUGGCCCUGGGAAGGGGAAAUAAGAACGCCCUGUUGACGGGCUGUCUUGGCUCUGGAAUUCAUGCAUCCUGGCCUUGCCAAGGUUCUGGCAGGGCCUGCUGGUGUGUUGGAGCCUGCAGGGCAGGUCAGGCUGGUUCAGAGGCCCAUGCUGAGGGGUGGGUGCUCUUAAGCGGAGUAAAGCCUCAAGCCCAUGGAUGCCACCCCAGUCAUCUCUGGUGUCAGCUGCUGUUGUGGCCCCAGCAGGUUCUCAAAGCUCCCAAGUACUCCCGAUGACACAGCCCAAAUGUGUAAGUGGCACUGUUGCCCUGACAGUGCAUGGAAAGGACGUUGGCAUCCAAUUGGCACUCCUUCUCCCUUAUUCAAUGUUAGGUUUGAUUUGCCCUUUGCCAUUGUUUCCAAAGAUCAAGGAAUGUCAAUAACAUUUUAAAGGACCAAUAAACAGCCUCCUAUAAAGUAAACCUCUUCCCGUGGAAGCACACUCUACUACUAAAGGGAAGGCCCCUGGGCUCUGAUUUGUCCUUUGCAUUGAGAACGGUGUGGGGAUCAAUGUGUGUGUAUGUGAUUUGUUUAUCGAGUUGGCUUUGCUUUUUUAGUUUUUCUUUUAAAAAUCCUUCCUUCCCAUGUUACUAAAUUAAUUUAUGUUUUUGAGAGGUUGAGUCUCAAAGUGUAAACAAUAAGCCUCCAUUCAUAAGGUGGGUGUUGUAAGCUUGAUGGUGGUUGUGAAAGUGAUUGAGCUUUGACCACUUUUCGUCUUAUAGCUUCAAUAUCAAACUGGUCAGGAAAGUCCGGGGGAAGGGAGGGGGCAGGGGAGGAGGCAAUUCUGAAUGAAUGAAUGGAUUUUUUGUUGUUUUUGCAUGUUUAAUAUAGAAGUUCCCCUUGUUCCUUGGGAGAUCAUGGCCUUUGAAUAUGCACACAACCUUUGAAUUGUGCCUACUAAAUUAUAGCAGGGGACUUUGGCACCCAAGGAGUUCUGACUUUCUGGGAUUAUAAUAGUAAUUCCCAGCCAUACUCUGGACUUUAUUUUGCUAACCAUAAUUGAGCAAAUGUAAAUUACUGCUAUAUUAAUGUUUUAAAGCACUGGGAUAGUCUAAUUCUAACUUGUAAUUAAUUAUGUUUGCCAAUUAUCUGUUUGAAAUAAAUUUGUGUCUGAACAGCUAUUGAAACUGUUAAAUUGUACAGAUAUUAUUCAUGACAGCUUUGUACUGUGGAAUGUGCUUAAUAAAAAACAAAAAAGUUUGACUUUUGUCCAAUAAAUUGCUAAGUAAUGUCAAUAAAUCAAGUAUGGGUGUUAUGCAGUGCACCUAAUCUGGCUUCAUGCAAUUGUUACUUCAGCUACUGAUUCAAAGCCAAUACUCUUAAUAAAGUGUUGCAAUACCCUGA